GAGGGGCUGGCGCGGCCGCCCGGGCCCGCGGGUGGUGCAGAGCGGCGUCUCCCCGGGAGCGGCCGGGCCGGGCCGGGCCGGGCCGGGCGCCGGGUUCAUGUUCCGGGCCGCUGGGCCCAGCCCGACCCCGACUCCGGCGGCGGCCGCGGCAGCAGCGAGACCGAGCUGGCAUUUCAGUAAGACUAUGGAGGAGCUAGUUCACGAUCUGGUCUCAGCACUGGAGGAAAGUUCAGAACAAGCCAGAGGAGGUUUUGCUGAUACUGGAGAUCAUUCUCGUAGCGUGUCUUGUCUUCUAAAACGUCAGGCAAGAAAAAGGAGGGGGCGGAAAAGACGUUCGUUUACCACUCAUCAUCCUUGGGAAACUGGUCACUGUUUAAGUGAAGGUUCUGAUUCCAGUCCAGAAGAACUGAGUAAAGACUACAGAGAGAAUCAUGCUAAUAAGAAAGACCACAGUGACUCUGAUGACCAGCUGUUGGUCGCUAAACGGAGGCCUUCUUCAAACUUAAAUAAUGUUAGAGGCAAAAGACCUCUGUGGCAUGAAUCGGAUCUGGCUAUGGACAGUUUAGGAAACAGAACCUUGCGUAGGAGAAGAAAGGUGAAACGCAUGGCAAUAGAUCCACCACCAGAAGUUUCAAGUACGCUGACAUUGACCCAGCAGCAGGAUAACAUCAGGGAUCAGGAAAUGGACAGUGACAACAGAUUUUACCAACAUCAAGAGUUUGCCAAGAGCAAAGUGAAAAAAAGAAAAAUAGCUGCAACUAGACAAGGACCAGAAAUCUUGGAUGAAGGAGUGGUCAUAGAAAAUGAAGAAGUGAACCAGGCAAAUAAAGAAAAAAUGGAGUAUGAAGAACAAAAGGGCUCAGAUGAGAACAUGAGUGACAGUGAAUCCAGUAGCCUGAGCAGCAGUGAUGCUGGUUUGUUUACCAAUGAUGAGGGAAGACAAGGUGACGAUGAGCAAAGUGACUGGUUUCAUGAAAAUGAAUCUGGCGGCGCAUGUGGAAUCACAGGAAUCAGUUCUUGGUGGGAACAGGAGGACUCUGCAGAAUUGGAAAAAGAAUUACCCGAUCCAGUCUUUGAAAGUAUCUUAACUGGUGCUUUUCCUCUUAUGUCCCAUUCUGGGAGAAGAGGUUUCCAGAAUAGAUUUAAUCAUCUUCGUGGAAUGCCAGCAAGGAACAUCAAAAAGGCUUCGGGAAACCAGGCAGCAUUGAUUACUGCUCCAGGCCCAGGCAGUAACAAAAAAGCAGUGCAUUUAUCCCAGGAUUCUCAUCACCAUGACCAUUGGUUUAGCCCUGGGGCUAGGAAGGAACAUAGCCAGCACCUGCGGGAUAACCGAUCAGAGAGAGGACACAAGAAGAACAGCUCAGUAAAAACAGCUAGCAGACAAACAAGCUUACACUUAGGAUCAUUGUGUAUGGGAGAUGUCAAACGGAGAAGGAAAGCUGCACCCCUGCCAGGACCCACAGGGUUUGUAGGUGAAAACGUACAGCCAAUCCCAGAAAACAACAUUGGAAACAGAAUGCUUCAAAGUAUGGGCUGGACUCCUGGCACGGGCCUUGGACCAGAUGGCAAAGGAAUAUCAGAACCUAUAAGAGCAAUCCAGAGACCAAAGGGACUUGGACUUGGAUUUAGCUGACAGAAAAGCAUCCCAAUUCUGCUGUACAGGUGUCAGGAAAAUCAAACUUAAUUUAAAUCUAAAAAAAGCUAAAACCUUUAUUGUACUUGGUCAUCAGCAAAUCCAGUGAUUCUUCACUUUUAAAGUACUGAAGCCUAAAUGCUUUCUGUCGGCUACACCAGCUUAUGAGCUGCAAUGUACAACCACAGUGGCAAAAUUGAGGUUUAGAUCCUGACUUCAUAAUGGUGCUAAAAUAGAAAAAAAAAAGUGUACUUUUUUAUUAUUUUCUGUGGUCUUAAAAGAAAGUUUAUGGUAGGUAUAAAACCAAAAUACAACUCGUUUAUUUUUCCUAAAAGCUUCUGACAAGAUUUUUAGUACUUGAGCAAGCAUUGUUUGGCACCAUUCACUCAUUGGAAGUGGCCUGAUGGGAUUGGUUAUUAAGGAAAAUAAAACCUUAGACAACUGCUGCAGUUAUGCCAUUUCAGGCAAAAUAUCCAAAUUUGACACUUCUUGACGUUGACAGUAUUUGAGGAUGAGUUAACAUGAUUGUCUCUCUACCAUUGUGACAUGUCUUAAAUUUCCACUAAUGGAUAGUGUGGUACAAAGUUUUGCAUGAGGAAAGCAUGACAAAUGGUGACUGCCAUCAUAAGAAUGUAACUCCGCUCUCCUGCAUCAUGCUUGUCUGUGAUCAAACCCAAACACGAAAGGUUUUACCAUUUUUUUCAUCUCUUAGAGAUUUUUUUUUAAGAAACAAAUAUUUUAAAAGCAUUAUGUUCACCCUGGGCCUGGAAAUCCUUUUUAUUUUACAGUAGUUGUCCCCUGACUCUCCACCUUUAAAAACAGAUUAGUUUAAAAUAUAUUUUAAUCUUUGAACCCAUCCAGUACAUUUAAAACAUGACUUGCAUUGGUUGUUAAAUGGUGAUUUGGGGUAUAUUGUGGAGCCAGAAGUGCAGAUUUCAUCAACAUUCAGGUUUUUUAUGGUCAUGGUAUUUCCAGGCUGCAUAAACUUCUAAGUAUAGAAGAAAUAGAGAAAACACUAAAAAGAAGCAGGAAAAAAAGGUGGGAAUGAAGGGAAUACUUUGGUAGUAUUUUCCAAGUCUGAGCUAGCAAUUUAAAAUCAAGGGAGAUCAUUAAGAAUUUUAAUCAGUAUCUAAUAUCAGCAUGAGUAAUUUCAUCAAGCAUCAACCCAUCAAGCUGCCAGGAUGCUAUUUGGCCAGCAAUGUAGAGCAAAUUUAACUUGUGUAAUAAAAUUGAAGGAAACCAUUGUUCAGUGGACUAAGGGUCAAAUUCUGGUCUCAUUGAAGUACUGUAUUUACUCAAAUAGAAGACAACCCUGAUUAUAAGACAAGCCCCCAGUAAUUAGAAAUGUCAUGGCUCCUCUUGAAUUAAAACAGUCAACAGUGAAGGGAACUACCAUAUGUCUUAUUCAAAUGGGCUACACUAACCUGUUCUUGCGGUAGGUUCCCAUCAGCAUGUUUGCCCAUUAUGGCCACGUCCACACAUGUGGACGUUUGUUUCCCUGGGGACAACUAGCAGUGGCUUACCUUGUGCAGCCGCUAAUUGUCCCCGGGGAACACCUGUGCCAUGUGCCUUUUGGGGCAUGGCAGGUUAACCUGGGUGGGGUAGGGGAGGCUGAGGCUAGCACUGGGCUAGCCCCAGCAGCCUUACCUGGGGUCCUGGGAGCCUCCUAAGGCGGCAUCAGCAGCAAUCCUGCCGCUCAGAGCCUGGCUGACAGCCGGACCAUGGCUCUGGCUGGCCAGGCUCCAGUUUUAAGUGGCAUGCUCUGCCCCUACAUGCACUGCUCCACCUUCUUUUGUACAGGUUUUUUUUUCACCCCUGAAUAUCCAGGGGUCAAAAAAAAAAACCCAUGGUGCUGCCCUGUGGCACAGAGAACUGCUGGGUGUGCAGUAUGUGGUACUGCAGACAUGUCUGUGGUGCCAUAUACUGCACAGCCACACUUGUCUGGAUGUGGCCUAUGGGGCAUGUGUUUUAUAGUCAUGCUCAGUGUUGCCUGCAUUUAAUCAACUUCAUGGUUGGUUUCUGUUACUGAGCACAUGCUGCUUUUGGCAGCAGUUUAAUGAUAAUGUAUUUAGUGACAUGUCCUUGUAUGCAAUUAAAAGAUGAGGGGCUUUUUUCCCCUGUGUCAACUGGGGACAAAAACCUUGUCUUGUAUUCGAGUAACUAUGGUAGAUGGUGAUUUUAGUUCAAAUACAAAACCCUACCCUGCAGCUUCCUGCAAAGAAUACUGUGAGGAUGAAAAGAAGAGGGACUGUUCACAAGUGGCUACAAAGUACAGUAAUGUCCUUUCAACAGUAUUUUAUAAACAAUCCUGUCUCCUGCCCAACCUCACUUAUUUUUUAGCAGACAACAUACUAGGACAAAAAGGCAAGUAUUUGGAAUAGGAAGCAGUAAAUUAGUUCUAAAACAAUAUUUUCAUUUUCUCAGAGCUGGUAUUACCUGGCUUUGGUCAGUUUUACACUGUUAGCUUAACAUCAAGCUGAUGUGGAAUAGCUGGUUAGUGCCUGAUGUCAUUUUUUAUGCUAAUCUAACGUUCACUAAAUUGAAGAAGACUGCUUUGUGUUUAAAUUGCCUGGUUACAGUUUUGUUGUUUUGUUUUUAACAUCAGUGUUUAAUUAGCAAGAGCAUACUUUUUUUAUGGAUCAUUCUGUGCCGCACCAUAAUGUGGCUUUUUCAUUUCAGACUUACACUCUACAGCUAACCUUACUGAAAUAUUUGAAGACAUUUUAGGACCAAAACUUGAAGUGCCAGCUAAUUGCCAAGAGCUAAGAAUCUUGGAUUGUGCAGCAAAGAGUAGAUUCUAUGUAUGUCACUUCUGAUACGUGGAUUAUCUAAUUUGGUAUUCUCCUAUAUUCACAAGACUUCAGAAAGGGCAGUGAAGUGUAAAAUUCCAAGACUUGUUCUCAGUACUACGUAGGAGUCAACCACUGGUAUUGUAAACAACUUGUGGAGUAGUGAUAGCAUAUAUGGCAUUAUUAAGUAAAAGUUGUAGGCUCCCAUUAUUGUAUUUGUGAAGCUUUAGAGGAUUCCCUCCCCCUUUCCACCUUCUCCAUUAUGAUAGAUUUCUGAGGCUAUGAAUUACUGUUUAGUAAUUAGAACUAUGGCACAUACAGCACUAUUCCUAGUAUUUCCAUGCAACCUAUUGUACUUGCAGUAAUUCAAGAAACAAAUAUUUACAGUUUUAAGACUAUUUAAAAAUAUUUCCUAUUUUAGGGGAGAACCUAGAAGUCCAGUAAAUGUACAAAUAAAUGCCAGAAUAGAAGUUCUUUGGUCCUCAUUCCACUCCAUAUUCACCCGUUUCCAUGUAUGCGCUGAUGCAAUCAACUGGAAUAAACUUCUUUAAUGGAGAAAACAGCUUGAUCACAGGUCUGAAGAAUCAGAGCUAGAGUAUUAAUACAUAUUACUUUAAAUUUAAAAUUAGUCUAUUAAACUGAAACUAGUGGACAUCCAGACUACUCAGAUUGAUUUUAUGUAGAGAUAAAUAUGACCAGUUUGCUUCCAACUUGUAUUCCUACAGAUGUUAAAACUGACAGUUAGCACUAUGUUUUAGAAGCAGUAGAGGAAAAGGAUUUAACAUUUAAUAAUGUACUGAUAUUUUUCUUUAAAUUCCUAGGAAAUUCCUUCCCUACCUCACAACACCAUUUUAAUUUCUGUUUUCCUAGGCUUCUUGCUAGUGUUUACAAUUGCUCCAAGAAUGUGAGUAUGUGUAAUUAAAGCUAGCAUUAAAAAAGCUCCCCAGUAAACCUGUUUUACAAGCCACUUUCUGGAGAUACUAGUUGGCUUUGAACUUCUGCUAAAACCUAUCACCAUUUCAAAGCACAGAAACAUUUGUUACGUAGGUUUUUCCAUUCAUAGAUUUAUAAUGAUAACAUGUAUCCCUGCUCCAGUGCUGCCUCAUGUUAUUUUAAAAUACAUACACAAGUCUUUUGAUGUAAUAUCUGCUACUAGAUGUCACAUUAAAGUCAUUUUUCCUUUUGCAUAUCUAUUUAUUAAUAAAUAUGGGACCAGCUUGUAUCUAAGAGUUCCCAUCAUUCACCUGAUUCUUUCCAUUUGGGUGUUUGAUAAAUUAGUAGUCCAAGUGAUAUCAGUAAUAUUCUGCCUAUGGAAGGUUUAGUGAAAGAAAAAUGGUUACAUUUAGUAUAAUCUAUAUUGAGUUUUGCUACCUGUACCAAUGUAUUUCAAAGUUUUGUGAAAUGAACCACUAACCAUUAAUAAAACAAACAAGUAUGCAACUGCUGGCAGCAUCUUCCUUUUUAGUGUUUGUUGAAACAGGAAACGCAUUGUUUUAACAUUUUUGUCCCUGCAUUUUGUCUUUCUAUAAUGGAUGUGUUGGGGUUUUUUUCAAUGCAGAAGAAUGGCAGAAAAUGGCUAAACAAUCUGUGUAAAAUGCGUUGCUUUAACAACACAACCACAAUGUAAUAAAAUAAAUUAUAGAUUUCAUUCUU